AUGUCGUUGAACGAAGUCUGGGAGGCAGCCUCCGCAUACCCUUUCUCUCCCGUGGUCUCCAAAGACAAUCAGUUCUCCGUCGGCUUCAGUUUACUGCUCAUUGCAUUCUUCCUGACUGGACUCUUUGGACUAAAUCGGUCUUUCCUGAGUAUUGCAUCUCUCGGCGUGCCAGCCUCAUUGGCAUUCGGUUUCGGGGCUGUGUACAUGAUCUGUGCCGUCGGGGUCUACGUCUAG